UCCUAUAAAACCCAUCCAAUCGAGGCGAAACCGGAGCAGCACCAUGGACACGUGGCAGAUACUCCUCGGUGCGAUCCUCGGCGCCCUCCCACUCAUCCUCCUCCUCCUCCGCAAUGGCAUCUGGCGGCGCCGCCUCCCGCCUGGGCCGCCCUCCGUGCCGGUGCUGGGCAGCGUGGUGUUGCUCACCAACUCGCUCGCCGACGUAGAGCCCCUCCUCCGGCGCCUUUUCGCGCGGUACGGCCCCGUCGUCUCGCUGCGCGUUGGAUCCCACCUCUCCAUCUUCGUCGCCGACCGCCGCCUCGCGCAUGCGGCGCUCGUGGAGAGCGGCGCAGCCCUGGCCGACCGGCCACCCCUUUCUACCGUCACGCUCCUCGGCGAGAACGACAACACCAUCACGCGCGCCAGCUACGGGCCCGUGUGGCGCCUCCUUCGCCGCAACCUCGUCGCCGAGACGCUGCACCCGUCGCGGGUCCGCCUCUUCGGGCCCGCGCGCUCCUGGGUGCGCGGCGUGCUCGUCCAGAAGCUGCGGGAGGAUUCCGCCGGCGGGGCGGCCGUCGUGGAGACGUUCCAGUACGCCAUGUUCUGUCUCCUCGUGCUCAUGUGCUUCGGCGAGCGGCUCGACGAGGCCGCGGUGCGCGCCAUCGCCGCCGCGCAGCGCAACCACCUGCUCUACAUCAGCAGCAAGAUGUCCGUCUUCGCCUUCUUCCCGUCGCUCACCAAGCAUCUCUUCCGCGACCGCCUCAAGACAGCGCACGCCAUGCGGCAGCGGCAGAAGGAGCUGUUCGUGCCGCUGAUCAACGCGCGCCGGGAGUACAAGAGCCGCGGCGGCGAGAUCGGGAAAGAGACCACGUUCGAGCACUCGUACGUGGACACCCUGCUCGACAUCAAGCUCCCCGAGGAGGGGAACCGCCCGCUCACGGACGACGAGAUGGUCAACCUCUGCGGCGAGUUCCUCAACGCCGGCACCGACACCACCUCCACCGGGCUGCAGUGGAUCAUGGCCGAACUGGUCAAGAACCCGGCGAUACAGGAGAAUCUCUACAAGGAGAUCAGUGCCACGACUGGGGACGAACAGGUCGAGGUCUCCGAGGAUGACGUCCACAAGAUGCCUUACCUCAAAGCCGUCGUCCUCGAGGGACUGCGCAAGCACCCGCCGGGGCACUUCGUGCUGCCGCACAAGCCGGCGGAGGACAUGGAGAUCGGCGGGUACCUCAUCCCCAAGGGCGCCACGGUGAACUUCAUGAUCGCCGAGAUGGGCCGCGACGAGCGGGAGUGGGAGAAGCCGCUGGAGUUCUCGCCGGAGCGGUUCCUGCCAGGCGGCGCGGGCGAAGGGGUGGACGUGACCGGCAAUCGUGAGAUCAAGAUGAUGCCGUUCGGCGUGGGCCGAAGGAUCUGCGCGGGACUCGGCAUCGCCAUGCUCCACCUCGAGUACUUCGUGGCCAACAUGGUGAGGGAGUUUGAGUGGCAGGAGGUCGCAGGUCAGGAGGUGGACUUCGCCGAGAAGCCCGAGUUCACCGUCGUCAUGAAGAAACCGCUGCGCCCGCGCCUAGUGCCCCGUAGGACUUCUUAGAAUAAAAGAACUUCGAUCAUCAACUGGUAUUAUUUCGAUCGAUUGUUCUCGCUUAGUUCAAAUGUUUAAUUCAUGUUGAUGAUGGAAUUCGUUGGUGGAUAGUAUGAUGGAAAUUUACUAGUGCUA